AAAAUCAACAUCUAUUACAUUAGAAUUCAGAUCCAAACGAAACGCAGGAGAGACAGACAGAGAAGAGAAUGGACGCUAUUGAUUCUGUGUUCGAUCCGCUCAGGGAAUUCGCCAAGGACAGCGUCAGGCUCGUCAAGCGAUGCCACAAGCCCGAUCGCAAAGAAUUCUCCAAGGUUGCUGUGCGUACCGCGAUCGGUUUCGUUGUGAUGGGAUUCGUGGGUUUUUUCGUUAAGCUCAUCUUCAUUCCAAUUAACAACAUCAUCGUCGGAUCUGGUUAGGAUGAGGGGAAUCGCAAUCGCCUCAGGAAUUCAAGUUAUCAAACAAAAUGAGAGGCAGAAAGAGUUCCAACUUCAAAUAGAUAGCUCAAUGAAAUUAAUUGUAGUUCUGCUGUAUUUCAUUUUUGGUUUACCUUUGUAUCUUCGGAAGCAUUACAAUUUUAUUUGAAAUGUAAAAUUUUGUUUUUCCAUGUGCUGGACCUUUAGACACAUUGUUUUGAUUCAGGAAAAGAAUGAAAAAUAUCUAUAGUUAGCCAA